UUAUAAAGAAAGCAGAAAGAAAAAUAAUUUGCAAUAUAAUAAUAAUAAAUAAUAAAACAUCAGCAAAUAAUAAUAAAAUAUUGUUAUAAGGAAAAACCGCUACAAAGAAAUGAAAAAUCGUGAAACAAACAUUUGAAAAAAGAUAAAGAAAAGAUUAGAAGAAGAAACAUAAAACAUAAAAAAAUGUUCAAAAUCACCGAUAGACAUUAAGGCAGUAAGGAAAACAAAAAUAGUGCCCAAUAGUACAAACUCGACUAAAGAUUAUUGGCAACAAGAAGAACAGAAAGAAUUGCGCCGUGCAUAAGAUUAAUAAAGAUUUUGAAGGAAUAUAAAAAAAAAAUCCUAUACAAUUGUAUGUGCUCGUACUCGGUGAAUUAAAUGAGAUAUAAAUUUAUGGCAGUAAAGCAAAAUAUAAAAAAAAAAAUAGAAAAAAAAUUGUGAAUUGAACUUGCCUUUUCAAUUCCAUUACAAAACGAACAAAAAAGAAGAAAUUAAUGACUUUGAAAAUUAUUAUUUAUUGUGAAAUUUUGCGCUAACAAGAGACUGUGCUUAAUGAGGUUUAGACAUUUUGUGGUGAUAAGGUUUGAGAAAAGUCAAUAGAAGUUGUGGAAAAUAGAGCAGAUUAACUGUUAAUUGGAGAUAUUUGCUAGUGUCAACAUCUGUUGAAUGUUUAUUUGACUAAUGCUAAAGAGAUUACAGCUAAUUUGACAAGAAAGUUGGAAAUUUCAUAGAAAGAUAGCACUUAGGAUUGAAUAAUCAAGUUAAGAAGAUCAUAAACUGUAUUAAGGAAGCAACAAAAUAUUAAUAACGAUUGCAGGAAAUAACUCGAAGCUAUAAACAGUGAAUUAGCAUCGAAUUGGAACGGAUAUAGUAAAUUUUAGCGAAUCUGACUUGGAAAUUUGAUCCGAAACUUAAGAAUUUCAAAAUAUUUUGAAGAUUUAAAACCAAUUUGAUCAUCUCAGAGUUUAGAAAUAAAAAAUUCUGAAUUCAAGAUAGUUCAACUUAGAAUCAAGCAAUAAGGUUUCCUAAAAUAUCCACAGACAAUACAAGAAGUCUGCAAACAACUCCAAACUCUUCUAAUCUAACAUUCAAAAUUUCUCAAACAAUCCUAGCAAAUUCUGCAUAUCAAAAAGUCAAUAAAAUCGCUGCAGAUGACGUUCAAAUCAAAUUAAAAUCAUUGAACAAAGAAAAACCAGCUUCAAAUUUCCAAUUAAAUCAAAAAAUAAACAGCAGAUCAGAAACUUCAUGCGAAUAAAACAGCAACAAGAAAAAAAAUCACGAAACUCAUUGAAUAGAUGUGAAAAAGAAGGCAAAAAAAAAUAAAUAAAAAAAAAGUGAAUAAAAAAAAAUAUUUUUGUGUGUGAUGGCCUUAAGAAAGAGAGUGUUUUAAAAGAAGAAAAAAAAAUCUACAUGAAAUAAAGAACCAGAAAGUGCCAAAGCACUAACCAGCAACAGAGUGAAUACACAACACAAGAAAGAAAAUAAAAAAAAAAACAUGGAUAAUUUCUUAAACAAUAAAUUAUUGAAAUAAUUUGUAAAACUUUACGUUUUUCUUCUUCAUCCGCGCGUUUAGCUCUCCGUUCCGUAAGUUCGUCCAUUCGUGUGACAAAUAACGACGUGAAAUGAAGCUAAAAAAAAGUAUAAUAAAAUAAUCAAAUGUGAAAGAAAAAAAAAUAUAUAUAUAUAAAGUAUAAUAUAAUGUGGAAUAUAAGCGAGAGAAGAUAAAUAAAGAAAUUUGAAUAUUUGAAUUUAUAUAUUUGAAAAGUGAUUUUUUUUUUUGUUCAUCUCGGACAACACACAAGAAAUAUAAAUAAACACACAAAGUGGAAGAGUUAAAGGCAACAACAAGAUAUUUUCAUAUACAUGAGGAUGAGAAAAUGAGAAGCAGAUAGAAAUAAAAUAUAAAAUAAGUAAAUAAAGUAUAAGACAGAACAAAAACAAAAAGUGAUUCAUUUUUAAUGAUAUUAAUUUGUACCCCCGUAACGCCCCACAAUCUAUGUUAAAAAAUUAUGAUUGCGAAUGAAAAAUGUCAAAAGUCUAGCGAAGUCGUGGAUAAUUGCAAAGUCGAAAAGUCAGUUGCAAUUGAUGAUACAAUGCUUUUAAUUUUACGCAAAAAACGUCGAGCUUUCUACCAGCAUACGUGCCUAUUAAGUGUCAUGGCCGCAUUCACAAUAGGAUUAGCGAUAGGCAUCUUUUUCCUACCAUUAAUCGGAUUAACAUCAGCAUCAAGUAAAUCAACAGAUGAAAAUAAUCAUAAUGUUGUCAUAACAGCGGCACAACACAAUCCUUUAAAGCAUACGAAAUUGCAUAAAUAUGAUUUUAAUAAAUUACAAAAUAGAAAUCAAAUUGAUUUCAUAGAAAAUAAUAAUAAUAUUAAGAAUCCAGCAAUUUAUUCAUCCGUGUCGUUUAUAUCAGAUGAUAAUAGUGUUGAUGAUGAAAAAUAUUCCGGUGGACUGGAGACAGCAACAAAUGAGUUUAUUUUGAAUAACAAUGGCAAAGUAAAUAACAAUGAUUAUGCUAUUGCCGGAGUUACAGUAAAUGUUGAUGAUGAGAUAUCGCAUGCUGUAAUAGAAGAGAAUUCCUCUUCAUCUAACAGCAAUAAAAAUAUGAAUAUUGAAAUACAAAGUCAUGAGCAGCAAGAAAAUUCAUAUGAAAAGGAAAACAAUGAAACAUUGCGACGUAUUAUCGAUGAUGAUAUUUAUUGGGGUCAAAUGAUUGAGAAUCGUAUACCAAAUGGCUUUGCUAAACGUGAUACAGAAGAUUGGCAAAAUUAUUUGCAUAAUAAUGUAACGGAAAUAAUAAAAAUUGAGCAAGGAUGUGGUCGUAUGCAGAAUCGUUUGGUUACAUUUAGUGAUGGUGUUAAAGCAUGUGUACGAUAUCGUCAGAAUACGGAUCAAAUUCAAGGUGAAUUAUUCAGUUUCUUUCUUGGACGAAUGCUCAACAUAACAAAUUUGGUGCCGAGUGCUGCAGCCGUUAUUGAUUGGGAAUCACGAUUAUGGACACAAGUGAAGCAACAUAUAACAGAAUCACAAUGGAAAACAUCGCGUCCCGUUGUUUUCACAAAAUGGAUACCCGAUCUAGAGCCGUCUGGUAUACCGGAACAAUUUCGUCCACUCGAAAGACACAUGAAUAAAAAUGACAUAUGGAAUAUAACAUUGAGUGAUGGCGGAAAGCCAUCACAAAUAUUGAUUGAACGAUUAAAGUCAAAAUAUAAUGUUAAUAAUGAUGAUGGUAGUGACUAUAGAAGGAAGUUGAUGCGUAAAAAGAAAAUUACAUUAAAUGAUAAAAUUUAUGAUAAACUCAUCGAGCUCGCACAAUGGUCGGAUUUAAUAAUAUUCGAUUAUCUCAUCGCUAAUCUUGACCGUGUUGUAAAUAAUUUAUACAAUUAUCAAUGGAAUGCAGACAUUAUGGCCGCUCCAGCACACAAUCUGGCAAAACAAAUAAAUUCACAGCUUUUAGUCUUCCUCGACAAUGAAUCGGGCUUAUUGCAUGGCUAUCGGCUGUUGAAAAAAUAUGAGGCAUAUCAUAGUCUUCUGUUGGACGAUCUCUGCAUAUUCCGUAAGUCAACUAUUGAUGCAUUAAAAUAUAUACGUGACAAUAAUGCCGGUGAGCUUUUAAAUGAGCUUUUCGAGCACACAACGACAAGUGAAGUGCGUGACGUACUUCCGCCUCUUCCUGAAAAGUCAAUAAAAAUUCUCACAGAUCGUAUUGAUCAUGUGCUACAGCAAGUGCAAAAAUGUCAAGAUAUGUAUUCGAAUAGAUAG